UCGGAGUAAAUUAAACGUCUUAAUCUACAUUAAACCACAAAGAUCUCCGUCAGAAUUAUGAAAACUUUAUGUUUUUAAAAAAAUAAUAAAUCGAACAGGAGUGUAUAAAUAUGUUUUUGACAUUUAUUUUAACACUUUUUUGUGUUAAAUUUAAAUUUUAUGUUUUUAAAUGGGGCUCUGGUGUUGACAGUCAGAUAAACGAUCUCUUUGAGUGACCCUGAAGGCAGCAUGAUAAGCCGGAGCUCUUCGUCGAUAUCCGUGCCCCUUCGUUCUCGCCUCCUGAUUGGUCCGCUCGGCUUCGUGACUCUGGACGUGCCCGCUCCAGAGAGUCACCUUGCCCCGGCUGCUGCAGCUGCUGUACCGGGUAGAAAGCAGGUGCUCCGUCCGGCUCACAGGCUCCAGGGGAAGGCAAGGCAGGCGGGAAUCUGACCGGGGACUGUGUCGGCACUGACAGACCAGGGGGAACAUGGCGGACGCAAAGCCCAAGACCUCCCCGAAGGCGAUCAAGUUCCUGUUCGGGGGUCUGGCCGGGUACGUGCCGCUGCUAGCUCCGAUGCUAAUGUGCUAACGUUAGCGGUCAGGAGCUGAACGGAGGAGUUACCAAAGUUCAGGAAGAACUAAACUGGCAUGUCGGUAACUAACAGGUUAUUAAAGAGGGAUUAGAGAGGAGAACUAAAGAAUAUAAACAUAUAACAGAACCGUCCUGUUAGUCUGGUUUAUGCGGCUCCUGUUAGCAGCUUAGGGCCGGUGUUAUGUCAAAGUCUGUUCCCUCAUCGAUCGGUGUCCCCUGAAGUUAACCCUUCUCUGACUCAGGACUGAAAACAGGCUCUAAAUCAAAGUGAACCUUUAUCUGCGCGCGCUGCAGAGGACUCUGGUCGAACCGGACCCAGACUGUGACACACCCCCGGUGUUCUGAAGAACUUUGCUCCCAUAGCUGCAGAGGACCAGACCAGCUCUGUUUGAUUUGACACACCUUCACCUGGAGGCUGUUCGUGUUAGACAAGAUAAACACCUGCCAGGGGCGGCUCCACGGUGGGACAGGGGUGGCCGGGAGCGAUUUUUUUAUAUUUUGUAGGAUGUUUUAUUUUGGCUAGAAGUGCUGGGCUCUGAUUGGUUUUUCUUUAUGGCUGUGAAACGUCAUCGUCUGUCGGGUUAGGUUUAUGCCGCGUUCGAGUUUCCUCGGAAGUCAGAUGUCGGAGCUGAAAAUGUCGUCACCUGAGUUCCCAGCGUUUCAGUUACAAAGUCGGAAAAAACAAAAUCGGAGGCAGAAACAAGAUGGCUGCAUCUACGAAAGUUAUUUUGGCGCUUGCCGUGUCCAAAUAUAAGCGAAGUGCUAAAAUAUCUUUCGUAGAUGUAGCCAUCUUGUUUCUGCCUCCGAUUUUACUUUCUUUCGACUAGUUAACGGAAACGCCGGGAACUCGGGUGUGACGUCAUUUUCAGCUCCGACAUCUGACUUCGAGGAAAUUUAAACGCAGCAUUAGGGUUAGAAGGUUCGGAAGUGCGAUAAUGUUCUGUCCGAUGUACGGAGUCGACGGCCCGCGCUCGGCUUGAGCCUGUGAUGACAUUUCCAGCUUUUCUAGCCAAUCAGAGGUGAAGGAGGCUGGAGCAUCAUACAGCGUUGUUUUUGUCCGACAUGAUGGACGCGCUACUUUUUCUGCAGAUGAGACCAACGCUACUCCUCUACUCUGGGGUUUUUGUCUCGUGGUUACGGGGGCGUGGCGUCAUACUCCGACUACGCUGGUUACAUGGUAGAGAAAAUCGCAUUCCAAUUCUCAGAAUCCGAUCAGAGUUUUCAAAGCCCGAUUAUAGUCAGACUAAGGUGUUUACGUGAACUUCAGUUGUCCUGUAUUAAUCGGAAUAAGGCGAUAAUUCGUUUUUCUCAAGUGUCAUGGAAACGUACUGAGGUCAGACGGUACCGAUGUAAAGAUUGAUCUACCUGUCCGUCUGCAGGAUGGGUGCGACGGUCUUUGUGCAGCCGCUGGAUCUGGUGAAGAACAGGAUGCAGCUGAGCGGUCAGGGUACGAAGGCGCGAGAGUAUAAAACCAGCUUCCACGCGCUGUUCUCCAUCCUGAGGAACGAGGGAGUGGGGGGCAUCUACACCGGGUAACAUGCACCUGACAACGCACCUCAAACCUGACAACGCACCUCACAUCUGACAACGCACCUUACACCUGACAACGCACCUCACAUCUGACAACGCAUCUGAAAAUGCACCUUACACCUGACAACACACCUGACAACACACCUUACACCUGACAACGCACCUGACAACACACCUUACACCUGACAACGCACCUCACACCUGACAACGCACCUCACACCUGACAACGCACCUCACACCUGACAACGCACCUGACAACGCACCUCACAUCUGACAACGCACCUGACAACACACCUUACACCUGACAUGCACCUGACAAUGCACCUCACACCUGACAACGCACCUGACAACGCACCUCACAUCUGACAACGCACCUGACAACGCACCUCACACCUGACAACGCACCUGACAAUGCACCUCACACCUGACAACGCACCUUACACCUGACGAAACACCUGACAACGCACCUCACACCUGACAACGCACCUCACACCUGACAACGCACCUGACAACGCACCUCACACCUGACAACGCACCUGACAACACACCUCACACCUGACAACGCACCUCACACCUGACAACGCACCUCACAUUUGACAACGCACCUCACACCUGACAACUCACCUGACAACGCACCUCACACCUGACAACGCACCUUACACCUGACGAAACACCUGACAACGCACCUUACACCUGACGAAACACCUGACAACGCACCUCACACCUGACAAUGCACCUCACACCUGACAACGCACCUGACAACGCACCUUACACCUGACAUGCACCUCACACCUGACAACGCACCUGAAAAUGCACCUUACACCUGACAACGCACCUCACACCUGACAACGCACCUCACACCUGACAACGCACCUCACACCUGACAACGCACCUCACAUUUGACAACGCACCUCACACCUGACAACUCACCUGACAACGCACCUCACACCUGACAACGCACCUUACACCUGACGAAACACCUGACAACGCACCUUACACCUGACAACGCACCUCACACCUGACAACGCACCUCACACCUGACAACGCACCUCACACCUGACAACGCACCUGACAACGCACCUUACACCUGACAACGCACCUCACACCUGACAACGCACCUCACACCUGACAACGCACCUCACACCUGACAACGCACCUGACAACGCACCUCACACCUGACAACGCACCUGACAACGCACCUUACACCUGACAACGCACCUUACACCUGACAUGCACCUCACACCUGACAACGCACCUGAAAAUGCUCCUUACGCCUGACAACGCACCUCACACCUGACAACGCACCUCACACCUGACAACGCACCUCACAUUUGACAACGCACCUCACACCUGACAACUCACCUGACAACGCACCUCACACCUGACAACGCACCUCACACCUGACAACGCACCUCACACCUGACGAAACACCUGACAACGCACCUCACACCUGACAACAAACUUGACAACAUACCUGGAAACACACCCGACAACACACCUUGAUGUUUUCUCAAACCCUUGUUCUGUGUUUACCUCCUCCCUGGUGCCUCACACCUGACCCCGGUGCUGUCCUCUGAUUGGACCGUUGUUUCUCCUUCUCUUCGUCGUGGCGUCUCUCCGUCUCAGGUUGUCGGCGGGUUUGUUGCGUCAGGCGACGUACACGACGACCCGUUUAGGAAUUUACACCAUCCUGUUUGAGAAGAUGACGGGAGCGGACGGGCGGCCGCCGAACUUCUUCCUCAAGGUAAAUCAGCGUUAAUGCCGUCACAUGACCUGAAGGAGGUCGCAGGUGAAGAAGUCCUGACUGUGUGUGCUCCCCCUGCAGGCUCUGAUCGGUAUGACAGCCGGAGCGACAGGAGCGUUUGUGGGAACACCAGCAGAGGUCGCUCUGAUCAGGAUGACGGCCGACGGACGGUGAGACACACAAACACACUAACACACACAGACACACACAGGUGAACAGUGCCACCUGCAGGAUGAAGUGUGUACUUCAGCGUGUAAUUUAAUAAUUCUCUGUCUCCCUCGCCAGCCUCCCCGCCGAUCAGAGGAGAGGAUAUACGAAUGUUUUUAACGCUUUGGCUCGGAUCACCAAAGAAGAAGGCGUGACCACGCUGUGGAGGGUGAGACGGCGUUUGUGACGGACCGGAGAGUCCACGAUCGUUAACACAAAGAUCGUCUUUUUAUACCGUUUGACGACUUUUCUGUUCUUAAACUUUACUCUGAAAAUCUCACCGAUCUUCUUAACCAGACUUUUAUUUUGUAGGGGUGUGUUCCCACCAUGGCUCGAGCCGUGGUCGUGAACGCCGCUCAGCUGGCGUCCUACUCUCAGUCCAAACAGGCGCUGCUCGACUCAGGUACAGACACACACUCUCACACACACACAGACCGAGACACACACAGACAAAGACACAAACAGACACACACACCCACAGACACACACACCCACAGACACUCACACACACACACACACAGACACACACACACACACACACACACAGACACACACACACACACACACACACACACACACACACCCACAGACACACAAACACACACUCACACACACAGCACAGACAAAGACACACAGACACACACAUACACACACACACACACACACCUACAGACACACACUCCCACACACACACAGAGACACACACACAGACACAGACACACACAGACACACACACACACACUCACACACACAGCACAGACACACACAGACACACACACUCACACACACAGCACAGACAUAGACAAAGACACACAGACACCCACAGACACACACACACACACAGAGACACACACACAGACACACACAGACACACACACACACACUCACACACACAGCACAGACACACACAGACACACACACACACACACUCACACACACAGCACAGACACAGACAAAGACACACAGACACACACAGACACACACACACACACUCACACACACAGCACAGACACACACAGACACACACACACACACACUCACACACACAGCACAGACACACACAGACACACACACACACACACUCACACACACAGCACAGACACAGACAAAGACACACAGACACCCACAGACACACACAGACACCCACAGACACUCACACACACACUCACACAGACUCUGUCACAGGUGGUGACUCCAUAUUUACCUGUCCAGCUAAUUGGGGGCGGGGCUUCCCUGUGUGUGUGUGUGUGUGUGUGUGUGUGUGUGUUUGUUUUCAGGGUACUUUGGGGACGACAUCCUCUGUCACUUCUGUGCCAGUAUGAUCAGCGGGCUGGUUACCACGGCAGCAUCCAUGCCUGUGGACAUCGUGAAGACCAGGUGAGACAGAGACGGACCAAGGGUUAGACAGGUGAGGGAGUCCAGGAGGUCAGGUGACCCAUCUAAACCAUGUGUGUGUGUCUGUGUGUGUGUGUGUGUGUCUGUGUGUGUGUGUGUGUGUGUGUGUGUUUCAGGAUCCAGAACAUGAGGAUGAUUGACGGGAAACCAGAGUACAAGAACGGUUUGGUGAGUUUACCUCUUGGACCGUUCUUCAGGUGGACCUGUUCUCUCUUGUCUGCGUGGUUGUCCUGAUGAUGAUGCGUUUCCUGUUUCCUGUUUCCUGUUUCCUGUUUCAGGAGGUCUUGUUGAAGGUGGUGAGGAACGAAGGAUUCUUCUCCCUCUGGAAAGGUUUCACUCCGUACUACGCUCGCCUCGGACCGCACACAGUCCUCACCUUCAUCUUCCUGGAGCAGAUGAACCGCCUGUACAAGACCUACGUCCUGGACCGCUAACACACACACAGACACACACACACAGACACACACACACAGACACACACACACAGACACACACACACAGACACAAAAGGACUCGGUGUGUUUCUGAUCUUCACAUUUCUCCUCCUGAUAGACGACAGUGUUGAUGAAAAGGUGUACUGUUCCUUUAAGAGAUUUACGUGAUGUGUCUGAGCGUGUGUGUGUGUGUGUGUGUAUGUGUAUGUGUAUAUGUGUGUGUGUCUAAACACAUGCACAUACACACACACGACUUACUAGUUUAUAUAAAUAUGAAUGAGAGUCGUGUUUGAACUGGACUGACACACUGACCUGACAAAGUACAGCACAACACACACACACACACACACUCACAUGCACACACAGACACACACUCACAUGCACACACACACUCACAGACACACUCACACACAGACACACACACACACUCACACACACAGAGCUCUUUUUCUAAGAACGUCCUGAAUAAAUAAAAUCAUGUUACUCAUUAAAAAGUCUUAUUUGUGAAAUCACCCCCCCCCCCCCCCCAUGUAAACAGAGUAUUAUGGGAUGGCUGCUUGGUUACCAUAGUAACAGCCGUUAAACCUCCCAUGGAGUUGUGAAUAAACACUUUGAACCUCCAG